GCGAGUGGGAUGGAGAGCGAGUCACAGUCUGCCCAGGGCGAGGGCAAGAAGCACACAAGGACCCGUCAAGGAGGCCACCGCUCCAGUCUCUCACAUAGGCCACUAUUUACGUGCGUUUAAUGUCGCUUCGUAAAACACUCAAUUACAGAAGCGUUUUAAACGUAUAUGCGCGCAGGGGGAACGUUAAGUGGGGCUGAAUACAGUCCAUUCACUGCAACUGUUCUGAAGAGCCACAAAGAAAGUGUGUUGAGAAGGACUCGAGUAGUGUGCGAACCCUCUCCACAAAAAAAUACCGACACGGAGGAAGAGGAUAAAUUAAGUUUCGACCGAACUGCAUUUUGUAUUAGUCCUUAUUGUGGAAGAGAAAAUGAAUGCCGGGGAAGAGAAUCUGCUGAAGUCCAUUAGCAACGACACUUUACUGGACCUGACGCAGCGAUACGGCCAGUCCGCCUUCGGCUUUGGACCGGGACACAUUACUGGAAGUCCUGGAGGGCGGUAUCCUCUCACACCGGCCGCCGACUUCCUCUCGGGUCAGACGGGCAAGUCCAACGAAAGUGGCGGGGAGCAGACCAGUGAUGACGAUGACGACCGUUUCGACCCUCUGGACCCCCGGAAGAGGGGUUCCGCAUUCGACGAUGACAAACACGGCGCUCCUCUUUCCAAGAAGCCCAAAGAGCAGCGGUCUCUGCGCCUGAGCAUCAAUGCGCGCGAGAGGAGACGGAUGCACGACCUGAACGACGCACUGGACGGCCUCCGUUCUGUGAUCCCGUAUGCGCACAGCCCGUCUGUGAGGAAACUCUCCAAAAUAGCCACUCUCCUCCUGGCAAAGAACUACAUCCUCAUGCAGGCUCAGGCUCUGGAGGAGAUGAGGCGGCUGGUGGCUUAUCUGAACCAGGGACAGAGCAUCACCUCGCCCAUCCCCACCCCCAUUGCACCAUUUGGACAGGCUGCCGUAUACCCCUUCACGGGCUCGGCACUCGCCACCUGCGCGGAGAAAUACUCGGGGACACCUGCAAGUCUCUUUAAGCACCUUAACGACAAGCCUUGUUAACGUUUUAUUUGUAUAGCCUAUACCGGAACUUCACCCACUUGUAUCCAAGUCUAAUGCGUAAAUCCUAAACGAAAUAACUGCUGUGAUGUUUCAUCCAGAUUAAUACAAAUAAAAAAAACAUGAAAAACUACACUGGUGUUUACUAAGGCUAGAUUAGGGUUGGAGCUGGCAAAUUGCUGUCUAAAAGUGUUUUUCUUUCCCUAUACUCUCCUCGGAGUUAAAGGAAUUGUAUUGCCGUGGCAGUGUCCGACCAUGUUUUAAUUGACAGUUUGACAUGUUAUGUGUGACUAUAAAAACGGCACCAUUGCAAAAGAAAAAUCUAUUUCGUAUUCUUGUGUAGUAUACAGACCUACUAUGCAACAUUCAGCGAAACAGAAAAUAACGAGAGAGAUGACAAGAUUGCGUUCCAACUUCAAGAGUUUGUUUUUUUUGCAUCACUGUCGUUUAUGAAUGCACUUUCCCUCAUUUUAACAGACGCUAUGUGAGGAAACACUAGUGUAUGAUAUUUUUGGAAAAUAUGUAUUGAUGAUUUUGGUUUUGUUAUUGCACAAUUCACAUGAUUGUACAACUGUGGAAAACUACUUGAUCAAAGUACUGUUAUGUUAUUCGUUUUCAAAACAACAGCCUUUACAGACAAAAAAUAAUUGGUUGUGUUGCAACAUGAAUUUCAUAUAUUGUUUAUAUGUCUUUAUAAAUAAAACAUAUCUA